AUGUUCCAGCAAUUGUUGGAGGUUCUGAGCUAUGCUCUGGCAGAAUGUCAUGCUUGGCAAGACUUGUCUACCUCCGAGCUUCACCCACUGACGCGUCACGGACUUGAUCACUACGAUGUCGUCAACUGGGUGAUCAAACCCCUUGAUGGGGCAAACAAAUGCUCAUUUGUGGAGAUGGUGGCUGACGGCAUUCAGGAGCCAGAAUAUUACCUUAGCCACUACUUCGGCCAGCCGGUCCAAGAUAUUUUGGACUGUGUGCGACACCACAUUCGCACAAGACAGCUUGCUGAUGACACCCCAUACUGGGCAUGGGCCUACGCUCAUCGAUAUGGCUUGGAUGAAGUACUGCCGGAUCAUUUGCGUAAUUCCUCAACCUGGCGAGCGAUGAGCAAAUCGACUGGCAUUCUUCUGGCUCUGGGCACAACGUCAGUCCCUCUCAGCCGAACCUGGUGCUUGAUGGAGAUUGCGUUAGCCGUGCUGGACCAACGCAAACCCCUGGACAUUGCAGCCUGUGCCGUGGAAGGCGUCAAAAUUUUGACAGAGCAUCUGACAGAGCCCGAACGCAGAACAGAACACAAGACUGCUGGGGGCGGAUUGCGGCAAAAGAGCCAUCGAGAGCAGACGUUUCCGGCAGAGAUGCUUCUGGCAGCCCCGGAUAUUGGCCUCGAAAGGUCCGAUGCCUCAAGCAAGCUGGACCGCAACCGCAUCCUCUACAAGUUUCUCGAAGAGAGAGGGGUGGAGAUCGGAUCUGUACCCUUGCACCGCCUUCUGGAGAAGGUGAACAUCAAGCUGCGUGCGUUGUUUGCUCGCAUGAUGUGGCUGCCAAUGCUCGAUACAGAGAGUGGAAAGCUCCCACGAACGCGACAUGCUUUAGCUGACUGCAUUCGGGCAGAUGCAGCCAAAGACCGUCUAGAGAUGAACUUCUCUGCGUCACGACUGGAUGACCCCAGCCUGGCCGCCAUAGCAAAAGCCAUGCACAGGAACCUGGCUCACGUCAACCUUGACUUUGGCAUGUGUACUCAGAUCACGGUGAAAGGAGUUGCAGAACUAGCCAAAUUCUUGCCUGCCAAGCUGCGGACCAUAAGGUUGAAUUUCAAGUUAUGCUCUGGCGUCGGCCAAGGAGGUGUUGACGCCUUGUCAAAUGCGCUUCCUGCUGGCCUGACUUCUUUGCACCUGAACCUGGCUUGCAACUCCGAGAUCCGAAGCUUGGCAAGCCUUUGUCGAGGCAUUCGCAGUGUGCACUCAUUGAAGUUUCUGGACCUGGACCUUUCUAUCGUGGAGUACUUAAGCGACAAGAGCUUGCUCGCAUUAGCAGAGAUGCUGAAUGAUUUGGUGAGCUUGAAGAAUCUUCUCUUAUCUUUCAGGGGCUGCAAAUCUAUCACUGAUUCGGGCGUGGUUGCUGUUGUGGAGGGUCUGCCGCCUGUCACGCUUCUCAAGCUUGACUUUGCUUUCCUUCAAAUCUCGAAUGAGACCGUCGAUGCGCUGGCACACCGUAUGCAAGUAAUGUCGGAGCUGGGCGUCAUGCACAUCAACUUGCAGGGCUGCCAGGAUAUUUCUGAAGCAUCAGUCGGGCACCUGGUGCAGAUGCUGCCGUCUUCAUUGAAGGGUGCCAAGCUGAAUCUAUGUGACACGCCUCUGCCUAUGAACAUUCAGAAGCUCUGCAGGCGCCUGACGACCAUGCGAAAAUGGCCGCUGAAGCCGAGCCCAGCUUUCGCGAAGGAGUCCCGAGCUGCCCCGGUGGUUCAAGAGAGCGCAGACGUGGGCACAGAGAAGCCUGGUCUUGCUUUGCGCAGCUUGGACCUUUUCGUGCGCCGCGGCUGCGUGGAUCCACGGCCGCCGGCUCGACCUGAAGCCAGAACCAGUCAGGGAAGACGGGAUGGCUGGCAGGAGAAGGUUAUGUCAAUGAUGUCGAUGCCAUAUUCCGAUGAGGAGCAGCGCCGGCUACGCCGCACUUUCAGCGAGCCGUACCAGCGACAGUUCCGUGCGCUCUUGCCCAAAGUUGCGCAUCAGGCGAAGGGCUCCAGCAUCGCCGCAAUGGCCAAUCCGGAAUGCAUGUUCUCAAGGCCGCGCACGACCCACAGCGGCUUUUCAGAGCCAGUUUGGUAUCCGUGA